GUUGUCAUUCAACAACAUCACAACACCACCACGACCACCUUCAACAUGACUUCAUUGGGUUUGCCAGCAUGGCAGACUGGAGAACUGGAUGAAGAGUGGAUAGAAUCAUCCCCUUCACCACCUACAACUCUGGCUGCUCUACCACCUGUGCCUCCUGCCGAGUCUUUGAUUCCUCCGAAUCCUACUUCUGUCAAAGCAAAGAGAGGAUCUCUGAGAGCUUUGGGACAUUCAGCGCCUAGAGGCUUACCACCUUCACGUAACUUCUCGUCUCAGCUUAGUCCGGGCGGACAGGGGACCGUCGACCGAGUGCUCAGUGAAAAGAUCGGGUCAACGAAUGGAUCUACUGGGCCUCUGAAUGGCAGAACAUGGAGUGGAAGCGCCAAUGGUCCCGUGGCGGGUACUUUUGUCGUGAAAGAUGGCGUGGAGGAUGACAGAGGAGCUCAUCUCGCGCGUAACGGAUUCGCCCCUGGGAAGAAGGACAUGUUCGGACCGAGUGCCCUGGAGAAGAUGUUUCAACCCCCUUCUCCUCCGACUCAAACAGCAGUCGCAUCAAAUCCGUCACCGGGGACGACGAAUGUGACGCAACCGCCUGUAAAUCAGGCUGUAAGACGACUGUCGCACGCUUACGCUCCCAUCAACCCAUCACGCCUCAGCAAGAGCGUCACGCCGUCUACUGCGUCCGGAUCAACAUCAACGUCUAUGACUUUGGAGCAACAACCGGAUCAAACAAUGUUUGCAGAUGAGACUGCGGAAGGAGAUGCAGAUACUCAGGCGGGAGAACGUACAGACAACGAGCAGCAUCUGAAGCCAUCUCCGAUGAUGGCUGAACACACCGAACAGGAUAAUGUGCGUGCCUCUCCGAUUCAAGCCAAGGAGGGAUAUCCCUUCACCUUUAGCUCCUCGUAUCGGUCUUCUCAGAACCCGACCCUCGGCAAGAAACCGGUGUUCGAUCCGUCAUUGUCUCCGUUCGCGACAGGUGAGCCAUCUCACUCGACUUUGCACGGUCCGUCUGGGAAGAGCAAGGCUAGAGGUGGGCUGCACCUCUUCCGAUCGACAUACGACACAUACACCAGAGAGCAUUUGUCCGCCUUGGUGGACUCCAUCGCGAUAGAAUCUUCACCUUCACCUCCUGGAGGCUCGCCACGGGAAGAUGACUGUGUCUGGAGUCCAGAACACGGUCCCAUGGGAGAAGAUCACUCUGGGCCGUCAAGUGGUUCUCGAACGCGGUCGACUGACAUGUCUGAUGAUUCAAGGAGUUCCAAGCGAAUGAGGAUGUCACCUACAUCACCGGCACGUCAAGCUGUAGGCGUAAGGGACUGGGAUGCUCAAGCCAGAGCGGUGAUGGACAAGAUCCGAGGAAGAGAAGUGGAAAGUACCACUUCGGCUAGCAUGUCGGCCAGUCCCGAAAAGGACGAUGUAUACUAUGAACGACAGAGUGACGAAGAGAUCGAGCGGCCUCCAACGCCACCUUUAGUAUCUGCACCUAGUCGACCUACACAUCGCUCAAAUCCAAGCACGACGUCCUCAGGCUAUCUGCGGGCAGCCGAAGACAUCAUGGCCAAGAUCAAGGCUCGAAAAGUCUCCGACUCUUCUGCAGCUCCAGAGAUAUCGGCUGGCUCAAUUGGAGGCAGGGUCAACUCGGCGAGCUCAAGCGAGUGGGACAUCGCCGCGAUCGCUGCGCAGUCUCUGCGAGCCAAAGGCAAAGCAAGAGCAGUCGAAUCUUCGCGCAACAUCUUCAGACCAGUCGAAGCGACAGACACGGUACAGUCCAACGGAUCCAGCAGCAAUAAGGCGAGGCUCGAGCCGCGCCGUCCGGGUAGCGCCAGCUCUGUCACGGCUAAUGGCGAGUCCCAAGUCAACAAUGACGAUCUCAAUCGCUUCGUAUCUGCCACCACAGCCGCUACGGCUACCACCAUGUCCACGUCAUUUGUCAAGCAUCCUGGGCCGCGAGGAUACCCUCAAGGUGCAAGGAUGAGAAUGAUCAAGCCUGAUGACGUCCUCGGCUUAGUUCGUGACAAGGUUGGCAAGAUGCGAUACGACAAAGCCAGCAUGAAGUGGGUUAGAGACGGCUUGGAUAAGGUCGACGAGGCUGGUGAAUCUCGCGCUUCACGGAGUCGGAGUGAGGGCAGCGAGGAUGUCUUUGCCGGGAUGGAUAGCUGGAAUGAUAAUCCGCCAUCGGCUGGACGUACCGCCGUUCCGUUACCAUUGCCCGAACAUGUCGAAGGGAAUGAUUUAUCGGAAUCUGAAUCAUCGGCAUCGGGUGACGACAUUGUGCAGGUCCAGACUCAGGUGACCCAGGUUAUCGAUGCCGACGUCGACUCUCCAUCAGAUUCCGAUUCUGACAUCGAUCAUCCAGUGGACACCGCACCGGCCCCUGUCUCGCCCCCUCCGCGCCUAGCCUCUGCUCUUGACGAUUUCCCACCCAUCACUACCCCGACGCCUGCUGCCUCUGCACCUCAGCCCAUACGCUCCGCACUGCGCAACCCCAACGGUGCAGUUGCCACACCUGCCGCUUUGAAGAAGCGGACGGCCUGGCAUGAAAGCGUCACCCCAGCCGUUGCAGCCGUAUCCGCGCGACGCAGCGUGAGCUUCUCUGAUGGCAAGAAAGCCGGAAGGAUCGCUGGACUACAUUCUGAGGACGACAUCAACGUGGGGGUGUUUGAAGGGAGAAAUGGAUUGGCAAAUGAGACGCAAAAACGGAUUGCAGCGAUGCUCGGCGAGAUGGGCGCAAUGACCAUCGGAGGCGACACACCAUCGAAGCUGCCUCAUGGUGCGCUGCACAUGUCCCCAGGGUCCGGAGACAGUGAAGAUGAUCGGACAAUCCAACCUAUCCGAAGCUUCCAAUCCCGCAUGGCUGCGAAUGCGACAUUCUUAACCGAAUGUUCCUUUGGAGUGGCGCAUGAUAAUCUCGUCAAGAUUAUCACAGACGUCUACGGCGCUGAGCCAUGGUGGGAGCAUCUCACCACCUUGGACUUGCGGGGCAAAGGCGCAGACAGUGUGGCGAGGUUGAAGGAGUUUUUGCCCGAUCUCGACGAGGUCAACCUCGAUGACAACAAGAUCUCGUACCUUAGCGGUGUACCUAGCGGAGUUAGGACACUGCAUGUUGCUCGGAAUCGACUCACGAGUCUGACCAGCCUGGACCAUUUACGCAACCUUCAGUAUCUUGAUGUGUCGGGCAACAAGCUGGACAGUGUAUCCCAACUGCAAUGCCUGCGACACUUGCGAGAGCUCAAGGCGGACAAGAAUAGCAUCCGAGACCUCGAAGGCGUUUUGCAGAUGGAUUGUUUGAUCAAAUUCAGUGCUUGCGAUAACAAGAUCCAGAGGCUUGACUUGUCGACGGCCAAGUGGCAACACUUGGAGUCCUUGAACCUUUCAAACAACCAGAUCACCGAGGUUAAGUGUCUUGAACGGUUGUCUGUGAUCUCGACCUUGAAUCUUGAGAACAACGACAUCGUGCGGUUGCAAACCGAUACGCCGAUGCCGUCAAUCGUCAACCUACGGGUCUCCGAAAAUCGCCUCACUUCCCUCGACCUUUCCCUGUUUCCCAAGGUCAGGACAGUAUAUGCUGACCGGAACGAGCUGCAAGACAUUGCUCGGACUCUGGGUGGCACUUCUCGAGUAGAGAAUCUCAGCCUGCGCAAUCAAAGGGUCGCUGGCCUGUUCCUGCGCAGAAUGGACCUGGAAUCUGUCAAGCGUCUGUAUGUCUCUGGCAAUCCAUUAUCGUCCGAUUUCCUCCCUUCUUCUCCGUUAUAUGCUCUCAUCUACCUGGAGGCCGCCGGGUGUACUCUGUCGUCGUGGCCUGAACAAUUCGCACAUCGUCUACCGAAUAUCAAGAUUCUCAAUGUCAACUAUAACUUCUUACAAAAUUUGGAUGGACUGAAGGGUUUGCAUGGACUUCGUAAGCUGACUGCGGUGGGCAAUCGACUCGGCGAUGGACCUGCCAAGGGCGUUGCGGAAGGCUUGAGAGGUUUGACGAGUUUGGAAGAAAUCGAUCUCAGAUCCAAUCCCUCUACACUUGGGUUUUACCUGCCUUUGCUCCUCCCAAACACUUCUCAGCCCGCUCCAUUACCAUCUGUCACACUCGCAACCAUACAUCCAUCGUCUCUCAAGAACGAGCCUGCCGCCACCCCCGCUCCAAUCGCUUGGGCUUCUCUCGACAGCCAAUUCAGGAAAUCUCUACCGGAUGAGUGGUACUCGAAGCGACUGGUCUACCAGGGGUUGAUCAUGCUCAAUUGCCCCAAACUUCGCUCACUGGAUGGACUCAGGGUCGAGCAGAAUGAGAGACGCAAGGCCGAAAUGCUCUUGGACGUGAUGCGUAGCAGGGCCGGUACAACCGACCAAUAGCGAGAUUAGGGGAUUCCGGGAUUUUUUUUGUGUAUCAUCUUGCUGCGAUCCUGUGUACAUACUUCCACAAGAAGAGACCUCUCUGAGACUAUGCUUUGUCGUCGCAUGACUAACCGUUUAAGGCUCUACCUUCUCAUCCUAUCUGGGACUAACUUCUGUUGUACGUAGUCAAUGAUAAAUGCGAGGAAAAUGCUGGAGGA